AUGAAGUUAUCGCUGGCAUGGGCGUUGGCGUUUGCUGCGUCCUUUCGCAUGUCCUUAUGCGUCUAUUGGGAAGAAAACAACACUGCAGUGGCUAAAAACGCAACGGCGUUAGUAGCGGGAGGUUUGCUCGAUUAUUACACUGGGCUGCAGUAUGGUAAACCGGUUGGUAUGUUUUCGGAUCCUUACUACUGGUGGGAAGCCGGUGGAGCUUGGGGAUCGAUUUUGGACUAUUGGUGGUACACUGGGAAUACAACAUAUAAUGGGAUGCUAAAACAGGCGUUAUUGGCACAAACGGGUGACAAUCACGAUUAUGUGCCCCUCAAUCAAUCGGUGACUGAAGGUAAUGAUGACCAAGCUUUCUGGGGCCUUGCUGUGAUGGCAGCUGCCGAAAGAAACUUUGAAAAUCCAGCGGAGGACGAACCGCAAUGGCUCUAUUUGGCGCAGGCCGUUUUCAACACCAUGGCACGCCGUUGGGAUGAUGAUACCUGUGGUGGUGGGCUCAGAUGGCAAAUUUUCACCUGGAAUUCGGGUUACGACUACAAAAACACCGUUUCUAACGGAGCACUUUUCCAUAUUGCAGCCAGACUUGCACGCUACACUGGAAACACCUCGUACGUUGACUGGGCCGAAAAAGUGUUUGAGUGGAUGAAAGGUAUCCAUUUGUUGGAAGAAGACGGCACCAAUUUGGUUUUCGAUGGUGCCAAAGUUGAAGGUAAUUGCAGCACCAUUACUAAACUUGUGUGGACGUAUAAUCAGGGUCUUUUGAUGUCUGGAUCUGCCUACUUGUGGAAUAUGACCCAGGACGAAAAAUGGCAUGUUAGAACAUGGGAAUUUUUGAAUGCGUCUGGAGUUUUUUUCAAAAAUGAAAGUGUUCUUUACGAAGUGACUUGUCAGGGUGCUAAUUCAUGCAAUACGGAUCAGCGGUCUUUCAAGGCCUACUUUUCAAGAUUCUUAGGCUUGACAGCGCAGCUUGUACCAGAGGCUAGAACUAAGAUCAUGGCGUGGAUCCGCUCUUCUGCCAAAGCUGCAGCCCAGUCUUGUUCCGGUGGUACCGAUGGGCACACAUGCGGACUUAACUGGUUCCACGAUGGUUGGGAUGGUUACUACGGACUAGGUGAACAAAUGGCUGCGCUAGAAAUAAUGCAAAACACGUUCUGUCUCGAUAGACCUGCUCCCUACACAGCUCAAAACGGUGGUACGUCGACAGGCAGCGGUGCAGCAGGUACAGAAACACAAGCUACCAACUUAAGCCCGUUGACGAUCACAGCAGGGUCGAGGGCAGCUGCUGGUAUCAUAACGGCACUCAUAGGUUUGUCCAUCGUUGCAUGUACAGUAUGGCUAGUCAUUUAG